GACUGCCACACUGCCAUCAGCUCCCCAUGGCUCCCCCGAACAGCAACAACGAGGAGCUCGCUUUGGGCACAAGUGUGGCACAUGGCGAUGGCGGCAGCAACAUGGAUGCCGCAACAGGAGCUGCUGCCUCGAAAGUCAAUGAGCAGCGGCAGUACGAGCCACAGGAACGUUUCAUUAUCACCCGAAAUGUCGUUGUGAUAGGCCUCGCCUUUAUGAUACACUUCACGGCCUUCCAUGGCACAUCGAAUCUGCAGAGCUCGGUGAAUGCGGACAAGGCGCUGGGCACCACCACACUGGCCGUCAUCUAUGGCUCCCUGAUAUUAUCGAAUGUGUUCCUGCCCAUGACGGUAAUUAGUUGGUUUGGCUGCCGCUUGACCAUGGCCCUCGCGCUGUUCGCCUACAUGCCGUACAUCGCUGCGCAAUUCUAUCCCCGAUUCGAGACAUUGAUACCCGCCGCCUUGAUGGUGGGAUUUGGCGGCGGACCGCUGUGGUGCUCCAAGUGCACUUACCUGUCCACCGUGUCGGAGGCGCUGACACAAGUGCGGGGCAACAAAUCGCGCAAGGAUGUCAACACGGUCAAGUUCUUUGGGCUGUUCUUCAUCUUCUAUCAGAUGGCGCAGGUGUGGGGCAAUCUCAUCUCCUCCUCGGUGCUCACGCUGAGUGGGCCGGCCAAGGGCGGCGCAGUCAAUGGAAGUCUGGAAAGCAGCUCCAGCCUCAGCCAAGUGGGAGAGCUGUGCGGCGCUCGCUUCUGUCCGGGUGUGGGCGCGGAGGCCAAUCCCAAUCUGGUGCCACCCGCUCCCGAGCAGAUCCAGCUGCUGAACUCCAUUUUCCUUGCCUGCAUGGCCGCUGCCGUCGUCAUGAUGAUUUUUGGCGUUAGCUCGCUAAAGCGCUACGGCGUCAAGCGUGGCGACACUGGCGACGGAAUGUCCGGCCUGAAGCUGCUGACGGUGACCAUAAAUCUGCUGCGCAAGCGUCGCCAGAUUUUGAUGCUGCCCAUCACCAUGUUCAUUGGUUUGGAGGAGGCAUUCCUGGCUGUGGAUUUUACACGCUCGUUUGUCGCCUGCGGCUGGGGCAUAUCGAAGAUUGGCUUUGCCAUGAUUUGCUUUGGCAUUGCCAAUGCCAUUGCCGCGGGCAUUGCGGGUGCUCUGGUGGAGCGCAUUGGACGCAUCACCCUGGCCGGACUCUGUGCAGUCCUCAAUCUCUGUCUGCUGGCGUACAUGUACACGUGGGAGGCGCGAGAGGGCGACUACAUUCGGUAUUGUGCCUUUGCGGCCGUUUGGGGCAUCUGCGAUGGCGUCUGGUUGGUUGUUGUCAAUGCUUUUUAUGGCAUCCUGUUCCCGAACCAUCUGAUUGCGGCUUAUAGCAACUUUCGACUGUGGGAGAGCACGGGUUCGGUUAUCGGCUAUGUGAUCAGUUCACAGCUUUGCACCUCCACCAAACUGGUGAUUCUGAUGUGCGUCAUGCUGGUGGGUUGUGUGGGCUACGGUCUGAUUGAAUACCGCGUCUGGCAAAAGCAAAAGAAUCUGGAGAUCAUGCUGAGCGAUUGAUUGAUUCUCAGAUAGAUAAAUUGAUUGAUUGUUGUAGUACUGCCGUUUUUCUUGCCAAGAAAAUGUUGCCGCUUGUGAUAUUGCCAAUAGUAAAUAGAUUUUAUGAUACAUCAGCUUUAGGUUGUAGAUAGGAAUUCCAAGAAU